CGAAUUUAAAAAACUUUCAUCUAUCACAUUAAUAUAUAUUUUUAAUUCGUGAUAAAAAUAUACUAUUACAGUUUAUUUACACAUCAGCCAUAUCUGGACACUGUUACGCAUUAGUGUGUGAAGCGCCAAAAAAUCGAAAAUUGAGUUAAACAUGGAAUAUUGUUAGAAAUACUACACUGUAAAAAGAGCGGUGUUAAAAAUGGACUCAUUUAACUAAUUUCAUUUUAACUCCGCCCAGUGUUAAAUCGGUGUAAAAGCGGGGUAAGCUGCGUCCGCUUGGAGUUUUAACUUUAAAGAUUAUAAAACACAAAAAAUGUCAGUUCUUUACGAAAAUUAAUAAAAAAUAUCAUUUAUUAACAAGUAUAGUGAUCGAAAUUGAUGCAAAUGGAGUAACUCCGAUGCCACCUGCAACCAAUAUUGAAAUGUCAUAUUUGUCCCAAUUCUGAUGUGAUUCACCAUAAGGCCCAUCUACAUGUAUCUAAUCAAAAUAAUAAUAAAAAUUGCAAGCUGAUAAAUAAAACCGAGCACUUGAAGCAGCAAGGAAAUUACAACUAAAAAUGACAUUUCAGCUUUCCUGUCAACAUGCGAUAAGUAUUAACGGAAUAACGUUCAAAAAAUAUAUAUCACAUAAGCGUGACUAAUUUAAACGUGAUUAGAUAUUAAUUUAAAUAUAACUAUAUAAUAUGUAUGAUCCUAGAAAAAAAGUUUUAUGGUUUUCAAUAGUAAGUCGUUUAGUAUUAAUUUUAUUGCAAUUAGUAUUUAAUUUACUAUGUCCAGAUCAUGACGCAGAUGCAUUUACUAGUCCAAUAAAUCCAAAUGAUAGUAUAACAAUAUGUGAUAAAUUGAUAACAAUAUUAUUUGGCGGUUUGACUAGAUGGGAUGGCCAAUAUUUUAUCCAUAUCGCAAGAUAUGGUUACACAUAUGAAAAUACCUUAGCAUUUUUUCCUUUAUAUCCAAUAUCAGUUAGAUACGUAGCUAGACUAUUAAAAAAAUUAUUAUUUGUAUUUAAUGAUAAUAGCGUUAUAUUAAUAGCCGCAGUAUUAAUUAAUUUAGUUUGUUUUAUUAAAUCAUCAAUAAUAUUUUAUGAUUUAAGUAAAAAAGUACUUGGUAAUAAAGUGACAGCGUACAAGGCAUCAAUAUUAUAUUGUAUUAAUCCAGCGAGUAUUUUUUUCACAUCUGCAUAUUCAGAAUCAAUGUUUGCUUACUUAACAUUUUAUAGUAUGAUGGCUUCUAUUAAUAAUAAUAGAUUUGUCUGUUUGCCUAUCGGUCUUUCCGUUAUUGUAAGAUCGAAUGGAAUUAUUAAUAUUGGAUAUCCAUUGUAUUAUUGGAUAAAAGAAUUAUUUAAUAUAAGUUUACCUAAAAUAAUAUCCGAAUAUCGUAGACCGUCAAUGCAGUCUGGUCUACUUAUUGAAUUACUAAAUUUUUUUUCUGCUUUACUUUGGAUAUUUAAUACUAUUUUGUUGUCAUUAGUGCCAUUUGUGUUGUUACAAAUAUAUAAUUACAUAUUAUUUUGCACUGAAAGAGUUAAUGCAACACAAUUAGUACCUGCUCAUGUUAAUAAUUAUGGUUUAAUAAAUAAUUUAAUAAUGCCAGGUAAAAAUAAGUCACCUUGGUGUAGUAAAACAGUACCGAUAGCUUACUCGUAUGUCCAGCAAAAAUAUUGGAAUGUUGGUUUAUUUAAAUAUUAUCAAAUAAAACAGAUACCUAAUUUUUGUUUAGCGCUGCCUAUUUUUUAUAUCAUGAUUCGAUGCAUCAUUGAAUAUUAUCGUGAAAAUAAAAAACAAUUACAUAAAUUAAAAUUUUUAGAUGUAGAUAAUUAUGAAAAAGUGACGAUAAAAAAACGUUAUCCAUUACAAAUGUUUCCAUUUAUUAUUCAUGGAUUAUUUUUGACUAUAUUUUGCAUUUUAUUUGUUCAUAUACAAGUUAGCACUAGAUUAUUAGGAUCAGCUAGUCCAUUGAUGUACUGGUUUUGUGCAAAUUUAAUGUCACAUAGAAUUAAAAAUAGUGAUAAAGAUUUUUAUGAAAAUUCAACAAAUGCAUUUUCACGAUGGAAAGUUUUUUUUAUGUCACAAAAACGAUACUCAAAACGUGAUAAACUUAUAUUAAUUUAUUUUUUAGGAUACACAACGAUAGGAACUUUUAUGUAUUCAAAUUUUUUACCAUGGACUUAACAUUUAUAUAUUUAUAUAUUUGUAAUAAAUAUAUUAU